AUGAAUUAUCAUUUACUUACUUAUGUGCUACUUACGUGGUAUGACUUAGGAAUAUCAUUUGCCCGUAGAACUUUUGAAUGUGCGGAUGAAUUAUGUGAAGUACAACCGGCCAAUGUAGAACGGCCGAAUAUCGUAAUACUUAUGGUGGAUGACUUGGGUUAUGGCGAUCUACAAAGUUACGGACAUCCAAAUCAAGAAGUAAAUGAAAUUGAUGAGAUGAUUCGCGAAGGAGUACGAUUUGUGCAGGCAUACUCUGCUGACAGUAUGUGUUCUCCCAGCCGAGCGGGUUUCAUGACGGGUCGUCUCCCGAUCCGACUUGGAGUUACCGGUGGAGCGAGAGUAUUUCUACCUCAUGAUAUUGGUGGUUUACCUCGAGAGGAGGAAACCAUGGCUGAAAUGCUAAAAAGAUAUGGCUAUGCAACGGGUAUGAUUGGAAAAUGGCAUUUAGGUAUAAAUAAGUUUAAUUCUACUGAUGGAACUUAUCUUCCAUCUCAACGAGGUUUCGAUUUCGUUGGUUUGAAUUUACCUUGGACCAAUGUUUGGCAGUGUGAUACUACAAAGGAGUUCGUAAGUAAUCCAAACCGAACGCUGUGUUUUUUGUAUGAUGGAGAUUCAAUCAUUCAACAGCCAAUUCAAUUCCAGCAUCUAACUGAAGCAUUGGUUAAUGACUGGAAGCGAUUUCUGGAGGAAAGAAUGGAAAACGAUAUCAGCAAAAAACCGUUCUUUUUCUAUUUUUCAUUCCCACAUGUGCACAGCUCACAGUUUGCUAACCAACGUUUUCGAUACAGUUCGGUCAGAGGAUUGUUUGGCGAUAAUAUCAACGAAAUGGCUUGGGCUGUUGGACAAGUUUUGGACAGUUUGCGGCAAAACAAAAUUGAUAAAGAGACAUUAGUGAUAUUGAUGUCCGAUCAUGGACCACAUCAAGAACUUUGUCUCAAUGGGGGUAGUACUGCGGGGUUAAAAGGUGGCAAAUCAAACAGUUUCGAAGGUGGAUUCAGAAUACCUUUUGUUUCUUGGAUGCCAGGAACAGUUCGUUCAGGUGUCACUUCACAUGAAGUGAUUUGGUCACUUGAUCUGUUUCCAACAUUUGAAAAUUUAGCAUCGAAAGGGCGAAAAUUACAAAAAAAGAAUGUGUUCUUUGACGGCAUCGAAAUAUGGCAUCAGCUCAAAGGAUUCACUUCACAUCCGCGAGGAAACCGGAUUUCUGAUGCACCUUUGGCUUUGAAGAGGCCUAUAUUUUAUUAUUGCAAUACACAUUUAAUGGCAGUUCGAUAUGGAAAUCACAAAAUUCAUUUCAAAACAUCGCCAAUUUUCAAAAAUAAAACCGAUGAUCCCCGAGUUGGUGAACUGUGUCCUGGUGGAAAACCCAUUGAUGAUUGGUAUGUAUCUCAGCGUUGUCCAGAAGAUCAACUACGAGUGCAUGACCCGCCACUUGUUUAUGAUCUGCUUGUUGAUCCAUAUGAAAUGUAUCCGCUGCAAAAAAAUAAGGAAAAACUUGAGGAAAUUAUACAGAGUGUUUUACGAAUACGAGAAAAGCACCUACAGACUGUUUCAGUUGUAGAACAACAAUUAGGUAAUUUCUCAACAGCAGUUUUGCCAUGCUGCGAUCCACCAUAUUGCCAAUGUGAUUUUUUGAGCAAUGAACGGAUUCAUUUGGCUUAUUCGAAAGUUAUAUUUGAGGAUCAUUGGGCUAAUGAUGUGCACAGUGGCAUGUCAUGGGAUAUUCCUAAUUUAUUACUGCAUGAACGACAAAUUCGAUCCAUGUUGAAAAGUAAGCUUAGCCUGUGA